UUAUUGUAUCUUUAAUAUUUAAAAAAUUAUAAUAUAUUUGAUAUUAAAUACAAUCACGCGCUUCAUUAUUUGUUUCAGAGUAUCUGGUAUAAGUUAUAAAUACUAUCAGUUAUAAAUUAUCUGUUAUACAAUGUUAAGAAUGAUCAGGAAAUUAAUCAAUUAUUUUUUCAACGACAUGCAACAUUAAAGGUACGAAAACGGCCAUGAUCUUUCGAAUUAUUAUCAUAAAUAAAAAAAAAGAAUAAAAAACGAGAGAAGAAAAGACUGGUUAUACAAUCAAUCAACAAGUGAAAGAGGACAUACAUAUAUACGUAUAAGCUUGAUCAAUCGCAUAGUAGAAUCUUGAUGUGCGUUGAACAUCGUAAUACUUUUAUCUUGUUGUAAUAUUAUAAUUCUAUAAAGUAUUACUUUGCAAGAAGAAUUACUGUCUUUUAAAAAAUGUAUUCUGCUAUUCUUAUUUUAUAUUCUUAUUUUUAGCCUUAUUACAGUACAUGUUACAGCGGAAAUACAAUUCGAAUGAUUCAUGAAAUGUAAAGUGAAAAAGAAACUGGUUAUUGAAGCACUACAUACCGAGGACACACGUAUAAAUAUCUAUGCUUCGGCACAAAUAUAUAUCCAUAGACGCAGAUUGAUCUCACCAUUCGCCAGGUCGACAGUUGAACGAAUCGUUUUGCAGUGAAGUUUUAGAAAGUGCUGGUGCAUGUUAUAUUAAAAAUUACAAUUUUGACAAUGUUUGUUACAGUUUUUAUUGUUACGUUUAUAGUAAACUAUGUUACAGCGGAAAUACCCUCUUAUAUUCAUGUAUGCGGUCGUAGAAAUCCAAAACUUGAUGAAUGCAUCUUGGAAAACGUUGAAAAUUUAAAAGACAAAAUUUGCGAAGGAAUUCCAGAAUUGGACAUUAAGCCAAAUAACCCAUUUGUUCUUGGCAAACUAGAUAUUUCCGAUACACCUAACUCUAGAAUAUCUAUCAGAGAUACGCAAGUGACGGGGCUUUGUGAUUUUGUCGUAAAAUACUUUCAUACAGAUCUUGAAAAUCUUCACUUUGAUAUUAAUCUUUUAUUUAAACGGAUCCAAAUGAAUGCCACGUAUGAUUUCGACAUACGUUUACUAGUUCCCAUUGCGAGUAAGAAUCCAGUUUAUAUUAUUACAGAAAAUGUUGAAGCAAAGGUAAACAUGGACAUGAAAAUAAUAAAUAAAGAUAAUAAAAGAUACGUAUACAUGUCAAAGAUGAAAAUAAAUCUCGACAUCAAAGGAUACGAUGCUGAAUAUGGAUUGAAUAAUGCCGAAUUGAGUCAAUUGAAUCAAGUUAUUAGUAAUUUCAUAGGGAACAAUCAAGAGGAGGUUAUUAAAGUCUUUAAACCAGCACUCGAAGAAGUAGUUGUCAAACGGAUUCUUUCUCUGUCUAACGAUAUAGUAAAACAUUUUACGUUUGAGGAGCUCUUCCCCGAUCGAACGUAAAUCUCAUAAAUUUUUAGAAUUUAUUAUUGUUGCACAUUUAUUUUUUUAUAUUUUGUAAUUUAUUUGAAAAAUAUUUUAAAAAUUGUUUCAUUUUUGCUACAUAAUGAAAUGAAGAUAAAUAUUACAUAUAAUUCGAUAUAUUUAUAAACAAAUUUAUUAAUUACAUAUGAAAUAAUAAUUAAUUAAAAGCAACGUUGUUUAUAUUGCUUUACAGUUAUAUUAAAAUUUAAAUUUGAAAUAUUUUAUACAUUCUGAAUAUUAUGUUUAUUACACUUUUAUGUCACAAUAUAUGAUAUAUUUACAAAAAAUAUAGAAAAUAAAAUUGCAACGAUAUUUUUUGCUACAUAUAUUCUAUAUAUAUUUAUAUCUUGUGUGUGUAUAUAUAUAUACACCAUAUAUGUAUGAAAUAUUUUUUAUAUAUUAUGUAUUUAUUAUUUAUCUAAUUUAUAACUUUGUUGUUACUCAUGUUAUUUAACAACAAUUUACAUACAUUAAAAAUACUAACAAAAUUAUUGGAAAAUGAAUUAUUAUAAGAUAAUACGCAUAAAAUAAAAUAUAGAUAUAUCUUUAUUAUAACAUACUUUGUAACUUUGGAGAAAAUUACUUACUUAAAUAUUAUAACAUUAUAUUCACAUAAUUAUUUUAAUAAAAGAAAUUUAAAUAAAUAUGUGAUAUAUGAUAUAAACUGCUCUUAAGUUUAAUAUACAUGUUAUUAAUAUAUAGUCAGUUGUAAGUAAGUUAGAAUAUUGCAAAUGUGAAUUGGGAUUAUUAAGAUUAAAAUCAUUUAUUUUUUAUUAUUAA